AUGAACAAGACACUGCACUGGCAGCAGCGCAUCGCCCUCGUCCGCCACAACCUGCACGCAGCUCACCGUUCGGGUGACUUUACCUUCUUCAAGACCUUGCAGGCCCAAGCUCUGUUCGACAACACCAACCAUGUAGCCACUUUGUCAGCCACUCUCGGUGAUGAGGCUGAUAGUGUGCUUUCUGGCCUUGAUGAUUUGAACGCCUCGAUUGCUCAUGUGCACGAGGACGCUUUCAAGAACGUCUACAACAGUCUGAAGACCUAUCUGCAUGAGUCCCAUGUCGCAAAUGAUGACUGUGACGAGAAGAGCAAGGUCUUUGUCGAUGUGCAGAUGCAGAAGCAGAUGGCAGAUCAUGCAAUUGACAAGGCCACCUCUUCCGCUAUCGCACUCAUCCAGCAGCAACCUGUCAGUGUCCAGGAUACCGCAGCUGCUGUCUGGAUCACCGGCACCAUCAUCAUCGCCGACAGUGUUGAGAUUGUCCUGAAGCAUCUCUCAGCACUCGAGGACAACAUGCACGACUUUAUCCGACUGGAAGAAAGCUGGAAUGGAGUCAAGACCAGCGUCGGGCACAGCGUCUCGGCUUUGAAGGGGGUCUUCAGUCUCAUGAGCGGCGAGCCCGAGCCAGAGUCACCCACCGUCGGCGCCUCGUCGCGCUCGUCGAGCUUCUCUGGAACCGUGUUCCGCCGCUUCUCAAGCGCCUUCAGCUCUGCACCCGUGCCCGGCAGUCGCUCAUCUUCUGGUGGCUCUCGUCCCGGCAGCCGGUCUGGGUCCAUCUCCAACCAGGGCCACCAUGUGCGGUCCUCCUCUUUCCAUGCGACCGACUACAAUGCGCGCAACAGCUUCCGCAAUAGUGUUUCAUCUGCUUGUCCGACUUCUCUGCCCAGCGGGCAGGGGUGGAGACACACUGAGCUUGACACCAUUCCGCCUACUCCUGCGGCUGGAGAUAUUGGCGAUCAAGAGGUCAAUCCGUUCGAUACUUCUGUGCCACCCAUGCCUGAGAUCCCGAGUUUGAUGGAAAUUCGUUCUGAGCAAACGGUUAUGUGA